CUGGAACUCAAGAAAUAUGUCCCAGCUCUGUUAUAAAAGCGUUCAGAGUGCAUCUGACGGCUAAGAGUCGAUUGGUAUCUCAUAUCCAAGCACAUACACCACACCUUGGGAAUUCCAGCUGAUCUCCCAGAAUGAGUGACUCCGGCCGAUCUCACAUCUUUUCGAAGCCUCCUAGCGAGUACACGCCGCGAGCAUGCCUAAUGCUUCUAGGUUCCUUCACCGGCGUCUUCUGCACCGUUGGCUUUAUGAACUCAUUCGGAUUAUUCGAGGAGUAUUAUGCGAAAAGUCAAUUGGCCGAAGAGUCGCAAUCUACCAUCGCCUGGAUAGGAGCAAUCGCCGUAUUCUUUAUCUUCUUCGUAUCAGUCGUGUCAGGCCCAUUACUCGACACAAUCGGACCCAGAAUACUACUAUGUGUAGGGUCCUUCGGAACAGUCUUCUCGCUUAUGAUGACUUCUCUGUGUCAUGAGCUCUAUCAAUUCAUCCUCGCUCAAGGAGUCCUCCUAGGGAUCUCCCAAUCCCUCCUAACAUGCCCGAUGAUAGCCCUAGUCGGACAACACAUCAAGGUCAAACGUGGCUUCGCAGUGGGGAUCGUGAUCUCCGGCUCGUCACUCGGGGGAGUCAUCUGGCCGAUAGCAGUCAACAAGCUCCUCCAAGACCCGCGCAUCGGCUUCGGCUGGACCAUGCGCAUCGUGGCCUUCAUCAUGAUCCCACUCCUGGCCGUAUCAUGUCUCUGCUGCCGGCCCCCAGCCAAGCCCCUACCAGCCAUAACCCCCGAAUUCCAAGCAGCAGCAGUCGACACCGAGAAAUCCAGCCCACGCAUCUCCCAGGACCAGCCCCCGAAGCCCGAGCACGAACCAUCCAUCCUCAAAAAUCCAUCCAUGCAUCUAACCUGCCUCGCCUUCUUCAUCAUCUACUUCGGAAUGUUCUCGCCGUUCUUCUAUACAACCUCCUACGCCGUCGCGCAAGGCUUCUCCGCCGACCUAGCGUUCUACACCAUCUCCAUCAUCAACGGCGCGUCGCUGUUCGGGCGAAUCCUCCCUGGAAUCCUGGCGGACCGAUACGGGCGUUUCAACUGCUGCUUUGUGGCGACGUUCCUAUCCGGGAUUAUUGCGCUUUGUUGGACGAAGGCUACGUCUGUGGCCGGGUUGGUGGUCUUCUCUGCCGCAUAUGGACUUGCUUCCGGGGCUAUCUUGUCACUGCAACAGGCGUGUGCGCUGCAACUCGCGACACCGAAGAGCAUCGGUCUCGCGGUUGGAGUUGUGAUGGCUUCGGCGGCGUUGUCAGCUAUGGCUGGGAUUCCGAUCAGUGGGGAGCUUGCGCAGAAGUAUGGGUAUCUGUCUCUCUCGAUAUAUUCGGGCGUGAGUCUUUUGGUGGGGAGUCUGCUACUACUGGCAGCGAGGUUGGCUCAGAGUCGAGAGGUGUUCGCGGUAGUUUGA